AUGAAGAUCCUUUCGUGGAAUUGCCGAGGACUAGGGAGUCCGUCGGCUAAGAAAGCUCUUCGAGCUUUGGUUACUAGGGAAGAUCCGGAUGUCUUAUUCUUGAUGGAAACUAAACUGAGCGGUUCUAGGAUGAAUGGGGUGUGGAGAAAUUUGGGUUUUGGAGGUGCCUCGGUUGUGGAGGCGGUUGGGUCUGCUGGUGGGACUUGUCUUUGUUGGAAAGCUGGGGUGGAUAUUCAGGUGAUGGCGGAUUCGGUGGAUGUUACUAAAGUGGUCUUUUCUAAUGUCCUCAACGGUCCUGCUUGGCAUUGUCUUUUUGUCUAUGGCCCGCCUACUAAAGCUGCGAGGAAAGAGUUUUGGGAAGAGAGAACUUUGGAGGUUCUUGCUUUGAAUCACCCUUGGCUCUUGCUGGGUGAUCUUAACACUAUCUCGGGCCAACAGGAUAAGGUUGGGGGCCGGGAAGUGGAGGCGAGUGAUGGAAGUGACCUUAAUGAGCUGCUUGAUUCCACGGGAGGAGUGGAUCUGGGUUGUGUGGGGAAUCACUUCACUUGGACAAACGGGAGGCGAUUCCAGGAUCUAAUCAAAGAGAGACUUGACAGAGCGCUCUGUGACCCGGAGUGGAUGAUGACGUAUCCGAAGGCUGGUGUGCGUGCCCUUGCUAUCAAGGAUUCAGAUCAUGCUCCUUUGGUUGUGGACCUCCUCUUAGACCGGGAGCGGUUUCAUACCCCGUUCAGAUACUUGGAUGCUUGGUCUAGAGAUGAGGGUUGCAAAGAGGUUAUUCAGAGGGCGUGGGCUAUAGAUGUGAGGGGCGCCAAGAGCUUACAACUGGUUACCCGCUUGGAUAAUACCCGAAGAUGUUUGGCUAAGUGGAAUAAAACUCAUUUUGGAAUGUGUAAGGAAAAAAUAAAGACUUUAAACAAUUUCUUGGUGGAAGUGCAACGAAGGGUACCUUCGGAAGACAAUUUGAAAUUGGAAGCGAACCAUUUUUAUCAUUUGCAGCCCUAA